AUGGUCUACUGCGGCAAAGCCUCUCAGGGCUGUCAAAACUGCCGAACCCGUCGCAUUAAGUGCGAUAAAGUGAAACCCGAAUGUUCACAAUGCAUCCGCGUGGGCAAGAAAUGCCCCGGGUAUCGAGACCAACUUUCGCUCAUGUUCCGCGAUGAAAGCACCAAGGUCAUCAAAAAAGCACACGCUCAGUGGGGAGUUACCGAUGGUGCUGAGAAUGGUGCUGAGCGCGCAUCGGCCUCGACAGCUCCGUCACCGCCUGCUUCUUCGCCCUCUUACAGCCGGAAGGGCUCGCCGAACAGCAAGAGGUCUGCAUCAAGAUCAGGAGCCGCGAACGUACCUUCGCCAGCCUCGAGCUCGGCAUCCUUUUCCGCCUCGCCUUCGUCAACGUACCGUUCUGCGGGCUCUUCAUCACCACCAACGCUCCCGGCUGUCAAGGAAGAACACAACCGCGAGUCCAGCCCUCCGACACUCCAGAUAGGAUCUACCCUCGAGGAACAGGGCGUGCAGUUCUACGUCAACAGGUAUUUGAUAGGGCAUCCUGAUGAACCCAAAAACGGCCAAGACUUGAACACAGAGGGUUGGAUAUGGCAUCCAGCAGUACAGGACGUCAUGUGCGCCGUAGGCCUUGCUGGCCUGCACAACCUGACUGGCAAUGCCAAAAUGAUGUCGACUGCGCGAGAGAAGUAUGGUUCAGCACUACGACAUACCGGGAAGCUGAUCCGGCCUCCCCAUACACCGAGCAUAGAUGUGACAAUGAGGGCCGUGGUGGCCCUCGCCAUGUUUGAGUUCAUACCUCUACACGUUGCUGGCAUGCCCAUGCCACCGGACUUUUACGACUGGGUUUCUUAUGGUUCGCAACUCCAGCUGCCCAUAGACCGACCGUCGACCGACCUAGCGGUUCUGAUCGCUCGAUUUGUCGAAACCUCGUCAAUUAUUCACAAUCAUGUCAUCAGCGACGGAAAACCAAAGACGGCCAGCGUUAUUCAGCAGCUUCUGGAUCUUGAUCAAGAUUUGGCCUCGUGGGAGAAUGGACUGGAAGGAGAUUGGAUAUACCGCACCAUUCACGCCACCCAUCUCCCUCCUCAGGCAGUGUUCCAGUGCGAAUACCACAAAUACCACGACGUCUGGACUGCUCGAAUCUGGAAUUACUACCGAUGGUGCCGGAUUCUGGUCAACCAGAAUUUGCUGGAUCUGACCAAUAAGAAUCCUGUGUCCAGUUUGUCGCUGGUAUCAGCGGCUGCGCGGGACGAGUUUCUGAACGUGAUCCGACAUUUGGCGAGGGAUAUACUUAUUAGUGCACCAACACAUUGGCGACACCCGGCCCUAGACGGACCGGCUCAGAUAACAGUGGAAAGUCCCGGCGGAGGAGGAGCUGGAUCAGCAGGACUACCGGCAUUGCUAUUCCACCUCAAAGUGGCGGGUUGCGCUCCUGGAGUGCCCAAAGAUUACUGGGAAUGGGCGUUGGGAAUCAUCCAAACAAUUUGGGGCGACAUGGGAAUGUUGCACGCACGAUCGAUGAUGGAAGCCAUGCGAGCGCAUGAAGACACGGUGCUGAGAACUGCCCCCGUCCUCCUACCUCACCCAACCAAAGGCGACCCGACGACGACAUUCAACGGCUACGAUAAGGCCCAGGGCGCGACGCAUCGCAAUUAUUUCAUCAACCAUCAUAUCGCCUGCUAUCCGAUGAGACACGACGAGCAGACGAUCAAGGUCGCAUCGAAGAAGGACCCCAAGAAUAAGCCCGACGGCCCUAUUAAGCUCAAGAAACCCGCUCCCAAGUACAAUAAGCCUGGAAAUUGGAGGGAAGGAAGCAUUGUGGAAGAAGACAAGAAAUCAAAGAAGGAUGAUUCCGCAUCGAUAUCUGUCGCUUCUCCCGGACCCGUCGUUAAUCCCCUCGAUGAUAUCGCGCGCGAAGCCUUUGCGACUGGCCGGCCGCUGGAGGACACGCCCGACCUACAACAAUGCAAGCAUUGCAAGAAGAGCAUCCUUAAAACAGCCGCCAAGGCCCACAUCGCCGCGUGUCUCAAGCUGAAGAAGGAGAAGGCCCAGAGGAAAAAGGAGGCGAGAGAGGCCCGCGAGCGCGCCAAGGAAGCUGCACGUGAAGAGGAAGCCAGGAAGGCAGACGAAGAUCCCGAUGGCAAAGGCGAUGAUGACAGCGACGGCGAUGAAGACGGCGGCGACGGCAAAAAGGCUACCGGCAACAAAACUGCAAAGAAGACGGGAGGUAAGAAAACCGACGGUGAUACCGGCAAGGGCAAGAAGCGCAAAGCAGACGGAGACGCGGAGAAAGGGCCUAAGCAGAAAAAGAAGAAGGAAGAACCGAAGCCGAAGGCCCCCAAGCCAAAAGGUCCCGUGGAUGUCGAACGCCAGUGUGGUGUUCUGUUGCCCAACGGGCAGCCUUGCGCCAGAUCUCUUACGUGCAAGAGCCAUAGCAUGGGCGCAAAACGUGCCGUUGCGGGCAGAUCUCUUCCCUACGACAUGCUUCUGGCGGCGUACCAGAAGAAGAACCAGGCCAAACAGCAGAAGGCUGCUCUCGACGCCAAUGCCCCACUAGAGGACGAAGAUGAAGCCAACGCCGGGCCGGUUGACUCGGAUGAAGAGACGGCUGCUGUCAUGAGUGCGCUGGCGCACUGGAAUCCGCAACCUGUGGUGCCGCAGCCAGUCCUCAUUCCAAUUAAGAGGCAGUACCAGCUAGCUCGACUUCACGAGCAGCUACAAAUGGCGACGAACGGUGGAAGAACAAACAUAUUUAAAGUCAACGGUUUUGGGGCGCAGAGGCUUCCCCAAGGUCAUCCAGGACUCAACGACACGGAGGACGCGCCUGGCGAGCUUGACGACGUGAACUUUGGAGGCGCCCGCAGGUCUUCCAGCUUCAGCAUGCAAAGCCAUCCUCAACGACGGCCGUCUGUAACAAGCAGAGGAUAG